AAAUCGCAAGUACACAGUGAUGCGCAAGCCUUCGGGAUGCGUGCUUCUACUCAGAGAUCGCAACAUAGCUUGUGGCAGAGGUCCAUGUUUCGUAGUUUGCAGCUUGCCCCCGACCAUGGCAAUGAAAGUUUCGGUGCAGCAGCUUAGCGGCAACACCAUCAUUCUCGAGGGCAAGCCUGAGAUGACCGUGGGGGAGUUUGAACGGCAGAUCAAAGAGUCUCAAGAUUGGGACGAGCUGACGCGCCAGACAACUGUGGCGGAGGUGGUGCUGGAAGGCCACAAGUUGCUGGACAAAGAUGCGACGCUCGUGGAGGUAGGCCUUUCUUCUGCUUCAAAUGUGUUGGUCAUUUGGAGAAAGAAGAGGGUGAGGCCCUCCAGAAGAGAGAAGCUUGGCAACAUUGACCUGGACUGAAACCACACUCUCUACGGCCUCCUUCAUUGACUGCCGUCAGGUAGACAAAGUUGAUCAUUCCCCACUCAGUGACCCACAGAAAUUGGAUGCCUUGUUUAAGGACUUCUUGCUCGGCUCUGGUCACAGACUCGGACUGGCAAGCGACGACCAAGCCGCUGGACAGAGCGUCGAACAUCAUGGGCUUAUUUUUUUGGUCUGGGCCGUCGUGCUGGCGGGCAUCGUCGCGGCGCUCGCCUUCUCACUGGACCAGCAGGGCCUAUGGGGGCUCAUGGGCCUCAUUUCUAUGGCCAGCUUGGCCUGUGGAUGCGUAAGCAGCUCAACAACGACGUCUAUGGGAAGAAGGAUUUGGAGCUCAGUCUGGAACUGGAGUUGCCCAGAGACGCUUUCUUUGAAGCAGAAGAAAGGCGAUGCCAUCGGAGCGGCAUCGGAGCCUUGAGCGGGCGGCUGGACAGUUCUGGCAGCAGUCAAUUUUUGCACAUCAUCAGUGAAGGUCUGAGGACUCCGUGCAAAACCUAGCACUGAGGUUCACUCAAGAAGAAUCCGCCA